UGUCUGCUAACCAACAUAAAGAAAAUCAGCCCUGACAUUUGAUUGUGCUGAGGUCGUCUCCUUAGGAACACGCUCUUGUCAGCUCGGUGCUCCACGCUGUGAGCACCAGCCCCAGUGACACCGUUCAGGAAUCAGUGGAGGGCAGGGCACAGGGCUGCCGAGAUGCCGUGUGCCAGGCCCCAACUCGUUCCCAUCCCCACGAGGCUCAGGCUGCUGGGAAACCUUACACAUCACACAUGGCCUGAGGCUUCUCUGGGGCAAGGGUGCCAAGAUUAUUGCCACAACCGCUGUGACAGGAUCCGCGUUAGCUUCUCCUCUGAGCCCCUGUGUGCCUCAUGUCUUCAUGUGCUGUGCACAGAUGAGCAGGUCACCUCUGGCGGCUGCUGUGGGAACUUAGCAGAUCAUGACCCACAGUCAAGAUUUUCUACUGAUCACAGUGGGUGGCCUUCAAGCGUGGGAGUGACCUAGCAUCACUCCCUCCUGGCCUGAGUGAGCAACCCCCUCCCUAGAGUUGGAAGCUUCGGUCAAUUUGUUGUGUGACCUUGAGCACAUACUCCCUGUGCCCACUGCAAGCUCUCGUCUGCUCAGGGAACCCAACCCAAUCAUCCUAAGUGUAUGUACAAGCCUAGGUGACCUUUGCCGAUGCGAGCGAGGGACCAUUGUUGCUGUUACCACCGUUCUCCUCGUCUUACAUUCCUCUUCCUCAGCCUUUCUGGAGUCACCUGUAACCUGGCCAUCAUGGCUGCAUCUCAGGACACGCAGAGUCAACAGUGGUGCACCCCACCCUCACAGAGACCCCCCGCCCCAGUGUGUGGGAGAGGAUGGAAGUGUGAUGAAGCCCUGCAGGAAGCCAACAAGACUCAUCAUGGCCAAACAACUGCAGGCUCGAAGGCUGAAUGGAAUCGAUCACAACCCCUGGGUGGAGUUUAUCAGACUGGCCAAAGAAUAUGAUGUCGUGAACUUGGGCCAGGGCUUCCCCGACUUCUCACCUCCGGACUUUGCUGUGCAAGCUUUCCAACAGGCCACCAGUGGGGACUUCAUGCUCAACCAGUACACCAUGGCAUUUGGUUACCCACCGCUGACAAAAAUCCUGGCAAGUUUCUUUGGCAAGCUGCUGGGACAGGAGCUGGACCCACUCAAGAACGUGCUGGUGACAGUGGGUGCCUAUGGGGCCUUGUUCACAGCCUUCCAGGCCUUGGUGGACGAAGGAGAUGAGGUCAUCAUCAUCGAGCCUGCCUUUGAUUGUUAUGAACCCAUGACUCUCAUGGCUGGAGGUCGGCCUGUGUUUGUGUCCCUGAAGCCGAGCCCUGCUGCUAAGGGACAAUUGGAAUCCAGCAAUGACUGGCAACUGGAGCCUACAGAACUGGCCAGCAAGUUCACACCUCGUACCAAGGCCCUGGUCCUCAACACACCCAACAACCCUCUGGGAAAGGUGUUCUCUAAGAAGGAGCUGGAGCUGGUGGCUGACCUGUGCCAGCAGCACGAUGUCCUGUGUAUCUCUGAUGAGGUCUACCAGUGGCUGGUCUAUGAUGGGCACCAGCAUGUCAGCAUCGCCAGCCUCCCUGGCAUGUGGGAACAGACCCUGACCAUCGGCAGCGCAGGCAAAAGCUUCAGUGCCACCGGCUGGAAGGUGGGCUGGGUCAUGGGUCCAGAUCGGAUCCUGAAGCACCUGCGGACUGUGCACCAGAACUCUAUCUUCCACUGUCCCACCCAGGCCCAGGCCGCAGUAGCCCAGUGCUUUGAACGGGAGCAGCAACACUUCGGACAACCCAGCAGUUACUUCUUGCAGCUCCCGCAGACCAUGAAGCCAAACAGAGACCACAUGAUCCGCAGCCUGCAGUCAGUGGGCCUCAAGCCCUUGAUCCCCCAGGGCAGCUACUUCCUCAUUGCAGACAUCUCGGACUUCAAGAGCAAGAUGCCCGACCUGCCUGGUGCUGAGGAUGAGCCCUACGACAGACGCUUUGCCAAGUGGAUGAUCAAAAACAAGGGCCUGGUGGCAAUCCCUGUCUCCAUCUUCUUCAGUCAACCUCACCAGAAGGACUUUGACCACUACAUCCGCUUCUGUUUUGUGAAGGAUGAGGCCACACUCCAGGCAAUGGACGAGAGGAUACAGAAGUGGAAAAAGGAGCUCCAGCCCUGAGGUUCCUCAGCUGGGCCCUGUCUCAGGGAUACCCUGGAGGGCCCCGCUCUGUGACUGGACAUACUCCCAGGAAAGAGGCCAUUGACUUGGGGGUUUCGGCAAUCUUUUCUCACAGUAUCUGGACUGCUGUCUUGGAUUGGGUCAUGUUCUACUCCCCUGUAGGUUAUUUUAGGGUCGUAGUUGUUUCUGGCCUCCCUGCCUGGGACAGUAAAGGAUGGAGUAUCAGGUUGGAGCCCCAGCCUUAACUUAGCCCUGCCCAGGGGCUCCCCACCUUUUCUCAUGUGACCUCAAGAUAUUGCUUCGGGCUUGAUUGUUUUUGUUCCUAAUAAAGUUGUUAAGUUAUUAGAGCCCUCAA